AUGACAGGUCCCGGUCCUUUUUUCCGGACGCAGUCACGGCCCCGAUUUCCGCCCGGCUCCAGACGGGCCCUCACUUUGGCCAAAGGUUGUGGCCAGACUGGGAUGGUGCUCAGGAUCCGGGAGCGUCCGCUCUUCCCGGGAACCCUGACAGCAGGCUGGCAGCUGCCGCUCAUACAGGGCUCAUAUAGUGGAGGAAGGGGUAUCCCGGAGGGGGCAGGAGAAGACAGGAAGCCGUCUCUUGGGGAAGACGGGAACCUCGCCCGCGUAGGGCUGCGGGCUUGGCCAAGGUCGCCGGGAAAGCUAGACCUCGGCGGCGGCCAGCCCCACCCCCCCGAGGCCAGCCCCGGGCCUCGGCUCCAGCCCUCCGGUGCGCCCUACUCACCAUGCUGGCGCCCAUCCGCACCCCUCGCGCGCUGCAGCUUCCUUGCGCGCGGAUUUGAACCCUUCCUCCAGGGCGCCAGCUCCGGCCGAGACUGCGAACCAGGCUGGAGCGGCCAGGCAGCAGGCGCCGGGAAAACGCGGGCGGGCGGGCUCCGGAGCCGGAUUGGCGAGGGAGGGACGCGUUCGGCCGCGCUCGCUAGCCUGCCCCAGAGGCGGAGGGAAAACCCGGCCUGA